AAUCUCCAGUGUGAUGCCAUGAGCUUGAACCACGCCGUGCACUUCUCCCAUAGCCAUGGGUGGUUAUUUAUCCCUACCCAGCACUUCCUUUAUUUUUGUCAGGGAUGCAAUUUAAAUUUUGUGGUGUCAGGUGUCUCAUCUGUGAGUUCAGGCUUGGUCCAAAGCUGGGAAGGUCCCAACUCAGCCAUGUGGAACUGUGGGAUGGGAAUAUGCUCUGGAAUGUCAGCAGCAAGGAGCUGCCCUGAUCCCGUUAAUCAUUAAUCCUGAGGGGGACGUCAUUAAUUUGUUAAUCCUGAGGGAAACUUCAUUUCCCUCCCAAACCCCUGAGGGCAAAGAAGCUCUAAUGAGUCCAGAAGUGCGGGUGUAGGAUUCCUGUGAACUUCAGGGGAAAGAUGAGCUUUGAGUGAAGCUGCCAUUCCCAAACCUCUCUGCAAUGGCUUCAGGGAAUGAGGGGGACCCUCCGCAGGCGCAGGGACGCCGAGGGAGCCACAGGCGCAGGCUCAGCUCAGAAGGCCGCGUGGCAGAGGAGGCCGAGGAGGUGUUCCAGAGCUACGUCUUCUACCGCUACAGGCAGGAGCGCGAGGAGCGAGGGGCAGAGCUGCCGCCGGACCCGGAGAUUGAGCAAAUCCAGCAGGACCUGGAGAGCAGCACCGGGAGCCAGGUGGGGCAGCGCUUGGCCCUCAUUGGGGACGACAUCUACAAGAACUACGACGACGAGUUCCGCAACAUGCUGGAGACCCUGCAGCCCACCCGUGACAAUGCCUACGAGCACUUCACCAAAAUUGCCUCCAGCCUGUUUGAGAGCGGCAUCAACUGGGGCCGGGUGAUCGCCCUGCUGGCGUUCGGGUACCGCAUGGCCAUGUACGUGUGGCAGCGCGGCGUCAGCGGCUUCCUGCGCCGCAUCGCCCACUUCGUCGCUGACUUCAUGCUGCAGAACCGCAUCGCCCGCUGGAUCGCCCAGCAGGGAGGAUGGGGGACUGCGCUGCACCUGGACAAUAUUUACAUGAAGUACAUGCUGGUGGUGACAGCCCUGGUGCUGCUGGGGCACCUGGUGGUGCGGCGCUUCUUCACCUGCUGACGGGGCACGGGGGGGCCUCGAGCUCCCCCACUCUGCCCCACAUCCCCCAGAACAGGGGUGACCCCAGGAACCUCCAGGAGAGAGCGUGGCUUGGGGCUGGGACCCUCCUGCUGCAGCUCUGGGGUCUCUGCACCCCCAGGAGAGGACUGGGGAGAUGGAGGGCUCUGCUUUGUUGUGUUUGGUGCCUCAAAAAGCUGAUGAGGAGGGGGAAUCUCUGGGAUGGGGACAUUUCUGGGGUGGGGACAUCUCUGGGAGCCCUGGCUCCUCUGGAGGAGCAGAGGGCUGUGACAGUGCCCCCAUGGCAGUGUGUGAUAAUGGCUGUGAGUGCCAGUGUUGGGUCCCCUCCCAGAGCCCCCUCCCCACCUCCCAGCUCCAUCCCCUGGGAUGUUUGAGGGGUGAUCCCAGCCCUGGCUGCUCCAAUGUUGGAAAUCCCAGCAGGGACAAACUGAGCGGGGCAGCUCCACCUCCCCCUGCUCCUGAGCCCAGCACUUGAGCCUUUUCCAGCCUUUCCAUGGACAUCCCAACCCUUUUCCAUGAAAACCCCUCUGGCCUGGCCCUUGGCCAGUGUUCCCUGCCCCGACCUGGAGCUCCCAGGGGCUCUGAGCUGCCACGGCUGGGAAGCACCAACAGCUUCCCCACCAUGAAAACCCUGCGGGUGCCAGGGGCCCUGUCCUCCCCCUGCCCUCCAGUUGGGCUCCCUGGCUCUUACUGGGAGGUGCUGGAGCUGCAGCCCAUCCCUGGAGCAGCUCCAUGCAGGGACCAGGCUCCUCUGGGCAGGGACUUGUCCUGGUUCCGUUCCUGACCAAUGCUUGAGUGAUUUUGGGGCAAAGAGGGGAGCAAGCUCCUCUCUACCAUCCCAAAGCUUCUUCAUUUUUGCAAACCAGGGAAUUCAAGCUGGUUAUUCCCUGUCCUGCCCAAGCUGGAGAUGAAGGAUCCCUCCCUUUUCUCCCCCUGCAGCUGCCCAGGCUUAGCAGGACCAGCCUGAAUUUUCUUACCACUCACAUUUCUCCUGUCCCUGCCUCUUUUUUAACAGAAUAACAAACUUUCCAGCCCAUUUCCAUAUCUGAGCCUGUCAUUUUGCUCCUGGCUGUUCCUGCAGGAUCCCUUUCCCCUGAUGGGAAUGCUCUGGGCUGUGCUUAAGAGAAAAACAUUUAAAUAUUUGCCGUAUUAUUCCCACUCCUGCUUGCAUGCGUUUGCCCCACGCAGGGCAGCACAACUUGGCUGUGCUCAGGUUUUGUGGCCACAGCUCGGGUUUUAUGGCCCUGCUGGCUCAUCUGAGCCCCCCUGGCUGCUUUGUCCCCUUGCAGGUCCAUUCCUCCAAACAAAAUUCCCGUUCCCUUCGUGCCACCCCUUCUCCCAGUUUGGGAUUACCUCGAGUUUCGAGCCCUCCCUCUGCUGUGAACCAGUUUAACCAGUACAAUCCGUGCUUCCCCCCCUCCUCCCAGCUCCUUUUUGGGUGCAAACACCACCAGAUGGAGCCUUUUGGCCACGAUGGGUACGAUCCAGCACUCGUUAUUUCCCUUUUUUCUCCUCACCAGCCCCUUGAUUGACAAAUCAUUGUUCUCUGCUUGGGCUGUGUGUCCAGCAGGACUUUUUGGAGUCCUUGGGAAAAUACAAAUCAGUGCAUCAGCUUUAAUUCCCUACUUCAGACACACUCCUGGCACUCCAAUGGAUCAGGGAGAGCUUUUGCUGCUCAUUUAUUCUCAUUUCCCAGUUAAAGCUUCCCUGUGCAGCUGGGAGGCCAUAAAGGAGAUUUUUCAGAUUUAUGGGAAGGGAUUGAGCCUUAGUCAAGUCCAGGACAGAGGGGAGAACUUUUCAAUAGGUGCUGUCCAAAGGAAAAAUUCCAUGUUAUCCGUUUUUCUCAGGGGAUUUGCAGAGGGAGGAGUCUCUCAGGAUGUCAGUGCCUCUCCUCUCUCCACUCUCAGCUCUCCCAGCCUGCCUGGCACCGGUUCCUGGGCGGAAAAAAGCUCCGAGUGGGGCUGUGGGAGUGGUGAGGUGGGACUGUGCCCCAGCCCUGCGUGGACACAGCCCCACCAGGGAAGGAAAAGGGACCUGGGGGGAUUUCCUGGUGCCAGGGGCUGCCCAGGAGGGGAGUUCAGGGCAUGGAGAGCCAGGGAAUUCCUGGGAUGGCAGGAGGAAUUCAUCCAGGAGGAUUCUCCAGGAGGAUUUCUCCAGA